CCCGUUUUCCUGCCUCCAUCCCAGCUCUGCUGUCCUUCCUUCCCUGCCCAAGCCCUCACCUUGCUCUGCAGCCCAGGACAGUGACUGUUCCCAGAAGAAAGGCGGAGGAGCUGCGGGGUGGAUGAGAAAAGGAAAAUGCAGACGGAGAAGCACCUCACAGGAACAUUGAUCCUCUCCGUCUUCACUGCAGUGUUGGGCUUCUUCCAGUAUGGCUACAGCCUGGGGGUCAUUAACGCCCCCCAGAAGGUGAUAGAAGCGCACUACGGGCAUGUGCUGGGCAUUGUCCCCCCGGACAGACACGCCACCAACGCCUCUGGGGACACCGAGGGGACACUGCCACCCCCGACUGACCCUGCCACCUCCCCACACAUCCUCACCAUGUACUGGUCGCUGUCCGUGUCCGUGUUCGCCAUCGGGGGCAUGGUCUCCUCCUUCACCGUGGGCUGGAUCGGCGACCGCCUCGGGAGGGUGAAAGCCAUGCUGGUGGUGAACGUCCUCUCCAUUGCUGGGAACCUGCUCAUGGGGCUGGCGAAAUUUGGGCCAUCCCACAUCCUCAUCAUCUCUGGGAGAGCAGUCACGGGGCUGUACUGCGGGCUCUCCUCUGGACUGGUGCCCAUGUACGUCAGCGAGGUCUCUCCCACGGCCCUUCGCGGAGCGCUGGGGACGCUGCACCAGCUCGCCAUCGUCACGGGCAUCCUCAUCAGCCAGGUCCUUGGACUAGACUUUCUUCUGGGCAAUGAUGAGAUGUGGCCCCUGCUCCUUGGUCUGUCUGGUGUGGCUGCCCUGCUGCAGUUCUUCCUGCUCUUACUGUGCCCUGAGAGUCCCCGAUACCUUUACAUCAAACUGGGGAAGGUGGAGGAAGCUAAAAAAAAUUUGAAAAGGCUUAGAGGAAACUGUGAUCCAAUGAAAGAGAUUGAAGAGAUGGAAAUGGAAAAGCAAGAAGCUGCUAGUGAAAAGAAAGUCUCCAUAGGACAGCUUUUCACCUCUUCCAAGUACAGGCAGGCUGUCAUUGUGGCGCUGAUGGUGCAAAUAUCCCAGCAGUUCUCAGGAAUCAACGCGAUCUUUUACUACUCCACAAACAUUUUCGAGAGAGCUGAGGUUGACCAACCAGUUUAUGCAACUAUCGGUGUUGGAGUGGUGAACACGGUCUUCACUGUUAUCUCUGUCUUCCUGGUGGAGAAGACGGGCAGGCGGUCCCUGUUCCUGGCAGGUCUGAUGGGCAUGUUAGUCAGCGCCGUGGCCAUGACAGUUGGGCUUGUGCUCCUGAGCCAGUUUGCCUGGAUGAGCUAUGUCAGCAUGGUCGCAAUCUUCCUCUUCGUCAUCUUCUUCGAAGUGGGGCCUGGGCCCAUCCCCUGGUUUAUCGUAGCCGAACUGUUCAGCCAGGGCCCGCGCCCUGCCGCCAUCGCUGUCGCCGGCUUCUGCAACUGGGCCUGCAACUUCAUCGUGGGAAUGUGCUUCCAGUACAUAGCGGAUCUGUGUGGACCAUACGUGUUUGCAGUCUUCGCGGGUUUGCUCCUCCUCUUCUUCCUGUUUGCGUACUUCAAAGUACCGGAGACGAAAGGAAAGUCCUUUGAGGAGAUCGCAGCCGUGUUCCGCCGCAAGAAGCUCUCGGCCAAAGCCAUGACUGAACUGCAGGACCUGCGACGCAGCGAGGAGGCAUAGACAUCCCAUGCACCCAGAAAGGAGGGACUGGGCAUGCACCUCCUUCAGGCACCAUGGCAAGAAUGUUGGGCAAAAGUCUCAUUUCACAAAAACCUUGCAGCUGGCAGACCAGGAGGAUUCAUCCAUCGGAUUCCUUCUGGCUGCUGGGGUUCACACCUCCCAGCCACAGGUGCUAACCUGGUAUUUUACUCUGAGACACUUGGGACAACUUGGGCUGCAGGAAGAGCCAGGGAAAGGACAGGAGGAGUAUGAUACAUAUCUAUCUCAAUUCCCUGCUGGAAGAGCCCAGUGGGACAGUGAUCUUACCAGACAGCAUAGAGCAGGGCUGUCUCUUAGCUGAAAUGAAGGAAAAACUAGGCAUUUUUUUGGAGAAUCUUAGAAACUGUGGCUGGGCUGAUGGGCAUUUUCCCUACAUUUCAGCCAGACUAUUUAGUUCUCUCUUUCCUCCCAGGAAGCCUCUUCUCUCCCCCUUCUCACUGCUGCAGCACAAGGCACAGCACGACACUGACCACACAAAAGGCCUGGGCACUCCUGGUCUCCAUAUGAGGAGACUCAAGCCCUGCUGCCACCCCUUCCCCAGUGUGACCAUUGCCAGGGCACCUCCUUCCCCAUCUGCACCUUCCUUCCCUUCCUUUCAUUCAGUGCUCAAGACCCACAGGCUCCAGAUCCAGCCAAGGGCUCAGGCUGCUCACAGAGCAACAAUUAAUGAUGACCCAAAGAAGAAAUGGGUAUUGGAAGGUGAACUGGAAGGUGCCACUCACCUAACUCCUAUUUUGCAUCACUUAGCAUUUUGCUGGCUGGGUAUUUCAGCCAAGAUAGUGUGCAAGCAGGAGGUCAGGCUGUUUCCAUAGCAUAGUUUGUGCUCCUUUUGCUUCUUUAUGAGAUAUUUUUAUGUGGCAGAAUCAAACUCCAAGGAUUUUUCUUCCUUUUUUGGGGACAUAUGUUGGAACCAUGGUAAAAGCCUGCUCUCUGCUUGACUUUUAAGAUAUGCAUGCUCCUUGUUGUGAUAUCAGGUUACUUUUUAGCAACUUUCUCAGGGUAGAAACCCAUUAUUUAUUUAGAGAUAAAACACUGGCAUUGCUUGGUCACUGUGUGCUCACCACAGCUGCUGGUGAAGCAGUGGUCAAAAUGUAACAGAAGAUUGAGUGUAACGAAAAGCACAAAAUAGAUGAGCUGAGGAGGAUCAUGCUGCUGCUCUGGGUUUGGUUUUAUGGGAGGUUCAUGCUCCUUUCCAUAUGCCUGAA